AUGGAUUUGCCUGUGCCUCCUUCUUCGCAUGGCAGCGAUGAGGCACGACCUGAAGGUGCAGCGACUACUGGUCAUGGCCGACCAGCACGUUCCAAUAGGAGCAAUGCCUCGAACGAGGUGAAUGAAGUUUUUGAUGAGCCGGAAGAUGACGGCUUCAACAGCGAUGAGUUCCGAGAAUGGAUGAGGAACCGAAACCGAAAUGGGCGACAGGCCAGGAACCGUCGCCGUGAUAGCAGCCACGGUUCUGACGACCGUGACGAAGAUGAGAGGACCAAUGCAGGUCCGGCACCAGAAUGGGAUGGAGAGUCGCUGACCUUUCAAGACUACGCCAUCAAGGCGAGGUUGUGGUUGGCUACUACCAGAUCCAAACCCCGCACGCGAGGGCCGUUGUUGCUACAGAAGCUGUCCAAGGUGCCCUUUGAGACAAUGAAGUUUCUGGCACGGGCCGAGUACUUUGGAGAUGAUCGAGACGAAGAUCUUCUGAGUGCCCUGGCCAAGGUAACGUUCCAUGUGAGAAGGGAGAAACAGGAGACCCAUCGAAGUUUCUUCAACCGAUGGGAGACAGCAAUGAGAAAAGUAGUGGAACACCAGGUAUUGUUACCUGACAAGUACAAGGGCUUUCUCUUGGUGAAUGCCCUCACGCUCAGCGAGACCGAGAUCAAAGCCAUGUUGAACUACACCCGUGGAAGCAUCCUGCCGGUCGACAUCAAAGACUGGAUCCGAAAGCAUGAGACGAAACUUCAAGUCUCUCAGGUUGGACUUGAUUCCAAAAAGACUGGCACGAGCUCACGGACAAGCACCAACUACUUCAUUGCCGAGGAGGAGACCGACGACGAGGACGACGAGGUCCAUUCACUUGAAGCUGCUCUACAAGAACUACAUGACGGUGAAUACCCUGGUGAUCACUCCAACACUGCCGAGGACGAGGUGCAGGUCUUGGAAGAGCAAGAGGCGGCGGAGAUCCUCAACACGAUCCUCACCAAGAAACGCAGCUUCAUACAAACCCAAAAGGCCAAGAAGAUGAAAGAACUUGGAAGGGGCUACAAGCCCGGGUCGUCCAAUGCCAAAGGGAAAGGCAAGAACACCUACAGUUCUACUUCGACCGGAAAAAUGCCAUUCCGAGCGGGUCAGUACAAGAUGACCAUCGAAGAGGUCAAAAAGGUGACACGAUGUGGCAAUUGCCAUAAGGUGGGACAUUGGCAUCGAGAAUGCCCAGAGCCUCCAAGAGAGAGAGAACAAAAUCUCUUGGAAACAGAAGAAGCAGUCUUCUGUGGCUUACUUGAAGCCGAUGGACCACCUCCCGAAGAACCUGGACAGGGCUUGCACGAAGCCGAUGGACCACCUUCCGAACAACCUGAACUGAGCCUCCUCGAAGCUGAUGGACUACAGCCUGAAGAACCUGAGCUGAGCUUCCCCGAAGCAGAUGGACUACAGCCUGAAGAACCUGAACUGAGUGAACCGGCCAACCACAGCUCUCCAAAGACUGGAGAUUUUGAUGCUGAUGCGGUAGAGCCCAAUCACCUUGACCUGAACCGUAAGCCCAUGUCUCCGUAUAAGGACCGUGAUGUUGAUUUGGAGGAACGGGAGAUUCUUUUUGGGGAAAGUCAGUCCCAGACCAAUGUUGGUAACCCUGUAGAUCCACACACUAAACACCAAGCAUACCCAAAGGAUGAAACAUGUGCCACAGUGGAUACGGGCUGCCAACGGAUGGCCAUUGGACUUGAAACUCUUCGGCAACUGAUUGGACACCUUCCGGAUGGCCUAGAUGUACGACUUCACCAACAGGUACUGACGACACCGCUCCGAACACCCAGUGCCAUGAUGGAGAACGAGCGCAAGAGGAACCGCACCCAGGAGCCCAACUUCCGAAUCAUGGCGAACUGGCACAAUGUCUUGAUGAAGAUCCUGACCAUCAUCAAGGACAUCAGACAGGAGUUGAUCACCGACGCCAUCUUGAGGAUGGUUGGGCCGCCGGUCCAGUGCGAGCAUGGAGAGACAACAAGACUCUUCAUAUGCCAGAAGCAAGGGGAGAACUAUCACAAGCUGUUCUGGAGGUGCCCCAGGCCCCGCAAUGCUCAAUGCAAGACAUUCAUGUGGUGCCUGGUUCAGCCCUACCUCAACACCAACCUGAUCGAGAUGGAGGAAGAGUUGGACCGAGCAUCGAUGGUGACAACUACAACACGGAAGAGCUCUACGUCCAAACAGAGCACACCGGCAACACGACUUCUGGAGGAGGCCCAACGACUUUGUCCUCACAAGAAGACCAGCUGGCAGGGGACGAACCUCUACAAGGUCGUGGAGAAGUGCAGCACCUGCGGGAAGACUCUGAAGGACGAGCUGACGGAGGCAGGCCGAAAGAAGGAGAUGGAGAGACUGCAGGCAGCCAAGAAGGCACUCGAGCCGACCUACGAGGAGUUUCUAGAAUGGAAACGACAAGGUGCUCUGGAACCAGCAGGAAUUUGGACCGGUCUCAUGGGAGUGACAAAGAAGCAAGCACGCACGGUAGCUGAAGUCUUCAACCCCAAUCGUUUUGGGCCCGAAACUGGGAAAUUUGGUCUUGAGAAGGGAGCUAUGGUGGCACGUUUGUUUUUGAACACCCACUCACGUCCCGAGCAUGGAUCAAGAGCCAAACAAGCCCAGGAGUAUCCACCAGAUCUUGUGCGUGCGAUCUUAGGUGCCUACUCCGACUCCAUCGUGCAGAAGAACAACCUACGACACCAAGUUCAACUGGUCUCCCUCGACAACCUCCUGGACGAGAUCUACCACACCGAGUAUGUCAUCAGCCACAGCUUCCUCAAGGACUCUCAUGAGACCUUUGCGACCGACCACCCAGAGGAGGACGUGGUUCAUGAAGAGACUGCGGCUUCUGAAGAGCACUUGGUCCCGGCAGAGGAAGAGACGGUUGAGGAGAGACAGGAGGAACCGGAGGUUGGAAGAAGGCUACCAAGAGAGAGACCUCUGGGCCUUCAACAUUUGGUGCGACGAGCUCACUGUGGCCUUGGACACAUUGGCAAUGACAAGCUGGCUAGGAUUCUUCAAUCCGCCGGAGUUAAAAAGGAGGCUGUGGAGAUUGCCAAGAAACUCACCUGCGACAUCUGCUUGCGUCACCGAAAGGUGGCACCAGCAAGAGCUGCAGCACCACCAAAGGAACUACACCCCAACCAGAUUGUGGGUGUUGACACAGUUUAUCUCCCAGGCCUGACGCCUGGAGGGAAACUACGGAUGGCACUCAACAUCCUGGACUGGGCCACUCGCUUUCAGCUGAUCGUUCCCCUGGACGACCAUACACCACGCUCUGCAACGAGGGCACUAUACCAAUGGAUCAGAAUCUUCGGUCCACCUGAACGGAUCUACAGUGACCUGGGCAAGGAGUUCAAUGGAUGUUUCCAGCACAUGAUGGACUGCGAGUCCAUUGUGAUGGACCCCGGAUCACUGGAGACACCAACACAAAGAUCACUGACAGAGCGAGCCGGCAAGAGCUUCAAGGAGAUCUUUGCAAAAACUCUCAUGGAUGUGGCUUGUACUACGUGGGAAGAAUGGAGAGAAGCGGUGGAUGUCACCAAUGCAACCAUCAAUCGACUGGCCAACAAGAGCGGUUUCAGUCCGGUACAACGGAUGCUUGGUUACAGCCCUCGAAUCCCUGGAACCAACCUUAGUGGUGGCUUCAACGACCAUGCCACAGCAUCGAGAUACCAUGCAGGAGACCUACAAGUUCAACGAGCCAUCAACCUUCGAAGAGCUGCUGCAACAGCUUAUCACCAGGCUGACUGUGACCAAGCUCUUCGAAAUGCACUCCAUGCUGGAAGUCGAAAAUGGCAUCACUAUGAAGUGGGACAGACUGUAUACUACUGGCGAAAAGGAAUGCAACAGGCAAAGAAGGACAACACAUCCUUUUGGCAUGGACCAGCAAAGGUCAUACUGACCAGUCUUCCAACAACCGUCUGGGUAGCACACCGAGGACGGAUUGUUAAGGCAAGUCCAGAACACCUACGACCGGCUGCGGAAGAGGAAAAGUUCAUCCUGACAGAAUGGGUACAGGAAAUCGUGGAGACCAAGAAGCAGCUGAAGGAGACGGACUUCAAGGGAUACAUCGUCUUGGAUGAGCGACCACCCCCAGAGGAAAUGGAACUAGACGACGAAGAAUUCAUACCGCCACCAGCACCGAAGUAUCGACUUACCGGAAAGCAUGCUGCCGGUGAGGUAGAAUUCAAGCCAGAUGAGUACGACCAGAAGCGACAGAAGCUACAGGAUGCCAUGGAGGCCCGACAAGGAGUUCAACUUGGACCUCAUCACGAUCAACGUGCUGAAGUUCAACCUGGGCCAGAGGGAGGAAUCUUCAAUGACCCCGACAUCGAAGAAGAAGCUGAAUCUCCUGGAGUAGUUCCAACAUCACCUUUGCCAGAUGAUGAGAUCGAGGAGGAGAAGACCGAGGAGACAGCCCCUGGUGUACCACAGGAAGAACUACAUCGUGGACAAGUUCGACGUGCUGAGGAACCUGGAGACGCAGAACCACCAGCGAAACGACUUCGAGCCGAACUCCUGGAGAUUUUCUUCCAAGAGCUGGAGAAGAUCAACAUGACCCGAAACCGGAAGGAGGUGAACUAUGGAAAGUUGAUGUCUGGCAGCAAGAAGAAGUUCGACAAGGCAAUCUUGAAGGAGAUCCAAAACAACCUCAAGUCAGGAGCCUAUGAGGCUCUGUCCAGGGAGGAAUCUGAGAAGAUACGGAGAGAAAAGAGCGACCUCAUCAUGAAAAGCAGAUAUGUCCUGACGGAGAAGGCGGUCGAGCCGCAUGAGGUCGAGACACUGAAGCAAGAAGGUCUACUACUUGAGGAGAUGAAUGGAGAAAUGCUUAAGGCAAAAGCUCGUCAUGUCAUGAAGGGCUACUCCGAGGCCAAUGCAGAGAACCUGGAGUCAACCACUCCACAAGUAGCCAAGGACUCCGUGAUGUUCACCCUACAGAUGCUGGCGAGUCACCAAUGGACUAUAGGCCACUUGGACUUCACACAGGCCUUCCACUCCGGUGACCCCAUCGCCAGAGAACUGUACUGCUCACUUCCACCAGAAGGAGUUCCAGGACUUCACCCUCGACAGCUACUGAGGCUCAAAAAGACAUGUUAUGGCCUCACUGAUGGCCCAUACCAGUGGUACCGACAUGUAUCACGAGUCUUAGAAAGCAGGGGCUACGUGCGGAGCAGGGCAGACCCAUGCCUCUUUCAGCUCUUUGACUCCAAAACACAACGGCUGGUUGGUAUCAUCGCCCUCGCGACCGAUGACAUGCUCCAUGGCGGUGAAGAUGAACAUUGGUCUCACAUGGACUGGCUGCGAUCACAAUACAAGAUGGGGAAGUUCACUACCGGUGAUGGCAAAUUCACUGGAAAGACAAUCACCCAACAGAGUGAUGGGUCAAUCCUGAUCCACCAAAAGAACUACGUCGAGGACAAGGUCAACGUGAUCCCCAUCGAGAAGGCCAGGAAACGACAACGAUACUCAUACUGCACACCCAAUGAGAUCAGCCAACUACGAACACUGCUGGGUGCGUUGUCCUGGGUAUCCAAGGAGACCAGACCAGAUAUUUCCGGUCGUGUGGCCUUGUUACAACAAACUAUGCCACAACCAAUGGUCAAAGACUUGGUAGAGGCUAACGGAGUAGCUGAGGAGCUGAAGAAAAGACCUGAACUAGGAAUCGUAGUACAACCGAUUCCUAUGAGUCGCCUCAGGGUCGGAGUGAUCACCGAUGCGAGCUGGGGAAAUGCAGGAGGAGGAUUCCUGGAAGAAGGGAACAAGGACUACUGGGAGGAGACCGCCACGUCUUGGAUAAGACACCAUCUUCUUCCAAGACGACUACUUUUCCACCCUGGAGCAGCACCUGGAGGACCAGAUCUACACAGGAUCUCUCGACAACGCCUCACGACGACCGACAGUGGACUUCACAGGGACAAGUGGGACGAUAAGGAUGGAAUCAGAGAACAUGAAGAAGGUACGGCCUGGAGAGGCACUACGACCUUUAUGAAGUCAAACGUCGAGGAGGAGAUCAACCGACCGAUCAACGAGAGAUUCAUGCAGCUGGCGAAGAAGCACAGUCAAGGAGGAUACCUCUUGGUGUACUAUGACUCCAACCUGGAGACCGAGGACGGCCUGUCCAACAUCACCAUCGCUAGCUGGAAGAGCUACCGAUUGAAACGAUGCACAGUGAAUACACUGUCGGCAGAGUCACAAUCUAUGCUGCAGGGAAUUGGUAACCUACACUGGCACCGAUUCCUGAUGGCCGAAGUGACCGCCAAGGACUUGAACAUCGACAAUUGGGAGGCCCAGCUCAAGGACCAGCCCUUCAUCGCUGUGACAGACUCUCGAUCGCUCUACGACACCAUCAACAAGUGCCGAAACACCUCUGCCCACAUAGACGACAAGCGGACUGCCAUCGAUCUGACGAUCUUGAAAGGAGACUUGGAGAAAACUGGUGGUCAGGUGCGUUGGGUGGAGGUGAUUCUGAGCGAUGAAGAGAGGGAUGUGCUGGAACAGCGUGCAGAGGCGAUGGCGCUGACGUCGCUCCAGGCCCUGCCGGCGGAGAAGUUGCGAAAGGCGCUGCCGGCGGUGAAGCAAGGCAUCCUGAAGCGGCUUCUGUCUCAGGCGAGCCACGAUGAGCCCGCCGUGCCAAAGCCCGAGAAAGCUGCGCCAGCAGCAGAGGCGCCGCCCCUGCCACCGCCGUUACCGGAGUUGGACACGUGCGACGACGAGGAGCUGGACCGGCUGCGCUGCAGCCUGCGGCAGAAGCCCAAGGAGCUGCCACCACCGCAGGAUGGUGUGGAAGCCUUUGGCGACGACCCCUGGUUCGCGCCCAAGAGCGAGGUCCGGGUGGCGCUGAGCGAAGCCGCAGAGGCGCACCAUGGCAGUUUCAAAAUCCUGGUGGGAGACCCUUCUGAGGAGAUCGCAAGGAUCUGCCAACGCCCCCUGGCGGGCGCCGUGCUGCGCCUGGGGGGUGCCUCCGGGGGCUUUGGAGAGCCGGACGUGGCGUAUGCGUACCGCCAACUGUCGCGCGCCUUGCACCCAGACAAAAACCCGGACCACCCAGACGCAGGCGAAGCCUUUCGCAGGUUGAAGGAAGCGCAAGACGAGCUGAAGAGCAGCCUAGAGGAGCAGCGGCGCCUGCUGCGAAUCCUGGCUGGCCCCUUCCGGAGCCGCGACGAAGAUGAGAUGCAGAUGAAACGUCCUCAGUGCGCUCUGCUGGCCGAAGCCUGCCGACUGCUGGCUGCGGUUUGUGCCCUUGCAGGGCAAGGAGUGGUGCCUCCCCAGGCGCAGCAACGAGCCGCGGCCUGUCUCAGACUCCCCGAGGGCACCUGGGCUGCGGCGCACGCAUCGACAGAGGCGUUGCUGGCACAGUGGCGCAGCGAGAGCGGGGGCCUGUUAGAGGUGCUGACGCAUGAUGCCUUAAGAACGGCCUAUGACUGUGCCCCGAAGCGCUACCGCGCUCAGUUCUUGUGUUUGCUGGCGCGCUGCGCGCAAGUGGAGAGCGAUGGAAGCGAUGGCUGUGUGCGAAGGCAGUGGAGCAAGAUCUGGGACCAUUUCCCGGAGCUUCAGCUCUGGCAGAAGCUGCGGGAGCUGAUUCUGAAGAAGCGCCAGGUGCACGGCCGAUGGAAGCGCGACCGACAGGGGGCGGCCAAGAUGUCGGAGUCGCAGUGGUCAAGCUGGGCGCGACGUUGGAGGAAACUGAUCGUGGCUGUGUUGCCGCGUGGCGAAGAUGAGGCGGCCGCCUGGUCGGAUCUGGAACUGCGCAAGCUCUGCGCGGCGCUCUGGCGCGACUUUGCGGACCCCCUGGAGAAAGAAGAGGGUGAUGAUGCAACAGCUGCAAGGCGUUGUUUGGGCCUCUUCCGAGCAGAGAGCCGGAAGGCCUCCGACAUGGAGUCGCAACGCGGCGCCGCGCCGGCGGAGUGGGCCUUCGUGCCGGGCGACGACCUGCUGCUGUUGCUGGGGGAAGGCCUGGUUGGCAUCACGGUGGAGGGCGUUUUUGUGUCCAAAGACGGCACGGUUCCGCGGCUGCCGUUUGCCUCAGCGAUCUUUCAGACGAUGAUGUGA